GUGACAACCUCCCCCUCCCCCUCUAGCAACUUGCCAAGCCACUCCGGCAACCAUGGCCUCCUCAAGGUCUCUCAGCAGUCGCAGCGGCGCAAUGCUGGCCGGCGCGCUGCUCCUGCUGUUGUCUACGGCCUCCGCCGUGGCUCAGCUGGGCGUGGGCUUCUACAGCAAGACGUGCCCGCACGUGGAGGAGAUCGUCAGGCAGGAGAUGCUCGGGAUCCUCAAGGAGGCGCCCACGCUCGCCGGACCCUUCCUCCGCCUCCACUUCCACGACUGCUUCGUCCGGGGAUGCGACGCUUCCGUGCUGAUCGACUCCACCGACGCCGCCAGUAACCCGGCAGAGAAGGACGCGCCGCCCAACAAGAGCCUCCGCGGCUUCGGCGCCGUGCAGCGCGUCAAGGACAGGCUCCAGUCCGCAUGUCCUAACACUGUGUCCUGCGCCGACGUGCUCGCCCUCAUGGCCCGCGACGCCGUCGUACUCGCAGGAGGCCCCACGUGGCCCGUCGCGCUCGGACGGAGGGACGGCCGCGUGUCCAUCGCUAACGAGACAAACCAGCUUCCCCCACCCACCUCCAACUUCACCCGCCUCUCCAAGAUGUUCGGUGCCAAGGGCCUCGACGCCAAGGACAUAGUCGUGCUCUCCGGCGGCCACACGCUCGGCACCGCGCGCUGCGUGUCCUUCACGGACCGGCUGUACAACUUCACCGGCGCCAACAACCCCGCCGACGUCGACCCAGCACUGGACGCCGCAUACGUGGCCAGGCUGAGGUCCCAGUGCCGGAGCCUCGCCGACAACACCACGCUCGCGGAGAUGGACCCCGGCAGCUUCCUCACCUUCGACGCCGGCUACUACCGCCUCGUGGCAAAGCGCAGAGGAAUCCUACACUCCGACUCCGCGCUCCUAGAACACCCGACCACCAGGGCAUACGUCGAGCGCCAGGCCACCGGCCUCUUCGCCGCCGAGUUCUUCCGCGACUUUGCCGAGUCCAUGGUCAAGAUGGGCAACGUCGGCGUGCUCACCGGAGAACAGGGCGAGAUCAGGAGCAAGUGCUACGCCGUCAACAAAUAAUCAUCGAUUCAACCAUCGGGUGGACCAUUCAGCAUGGAUGGUGAGCAAUCUAAAAAAAACCUUGGAUGCUGCAAAGUGCAUGGUUAACUCGCUACUUUGAUUGCUUGCUUGAUUGCAUUCGUUCGUACAUACAUAUAAUCGUGCUUAAUUAACUUGACCCGUGAUAUAUUUACACGCAUAUAUUUCUUUUAUCGGUGUAUUCACUGGUGGCUAGUAUGUUUGUAACUGAUAUUGAUUGAAGAUGCCGCUUUAUUUCUUGUUUUUAUUUCCAUUUUAAGGGGGUGUUCAGUUCAUCAUGUAUUGGCAUCAUGUAACGAUAACGAUGUAACGAAAUAAACAUUUUCUCGUAGUUA